GCAGAUGGCUUUCAUAGUGAGCGGGGAAGUGCCGGAGGAUAGGCUUAUAUGUCGGCCAAGUUGCGCUGGGCACAAGAGAGUUUUGAUUCUUGCUGCUUCGAUAUCGACAGUAAUCUGGUUAGGAGUAUUGCUGAAGAUCUGACCCGAAGAUACUUCAUAGUACACAGCCAUCACAAUGCCUGGCCUGUUGAUCACGCCGGAGACCGAGUUCAAGACUCUGGAAAUCAAGAAGCUCCACCCUACCUUUGCAGCCGAGAUCGAAGGUGUGGACUUUUCGAAGCCGAUUCCAGACGACGUAUUCAACGAGAUUUUGGCCGCAUCUGCCAAGUAUGGCGUGAUAGUGUUUCGCAAAACCGGUCUCGAUGACAAAGGUCAUGUCGAGUUUUCUCGUCGUUUCGGUGACCUGGACGACAUCAGACCGUACAUGACCAAUGGUCGCAAGCCACGAUAUGAAUAUUAUGAGCUCUUCGACGCCGGGAAUAUCGAUCCAGAUACGAACAACGUCUUGACACCAGACAGCCCUCGGUCUCAAUAUAACAAAGGCAAUGCUCUGUUUCAUGUCGACUCAUCUUUCAACCCACGACGGGCAUCCUACUCACUCUUGAAAGCCCACGAGUUACCGCCGCCAGAUACCGGAGGAAAAACCGGCUUUGCAGACACGCGGACAGCUUUUGACGAGCUGGACCCUGAGCUGAAGGCCGACUUGCUGGAGCACGAGUACAUCGGUGCGCAUUCACUUUAUUCGUCUCGCAAGAAAGCGGCGCCUGAGUAUUUCAAGGACGUCGAUGUCAACAAGUAUCCUAUGCACAGACAUCGCAUCGUGCAGAAGCAUGAGCCAUCGGGCCGAACGAACUUGUAUAUUGCCGCUCACAUGGAUCAUGUGGUCGAUGUUCCUUCCGAGAAAUCCACAGGGCUGAUGGAAAAGCUCAUGGCGCACGCCACCCAAGACAAAUAUACAUUGAGUAUUCCCUGGAACGACCCUGGCGACUUGAUCAUCUGGGACAACACAUGUGUUAUGCACCGUGCAGAAGGCGGCUCGUUUGCUGGGAAAUAUAAAAGAGACAUGCGCAGAACGACUGUGCAUGAUGCCAGCAGUCAAGCGUGGGGUAUGAACGCACCGGAGUCGAAGAGACCUGGCUUUGAGGUCACAGCAUUGUAGAACCACGUAUGGAAGCUUGUGGUGUCGGGUCGCCAUAAGAUAGCUCCGGCGCAAGCGCGUAAGCAGAGAGUCAAGUCCGAGGUUUCUUUGAAUCCGAUCAACCAAGAGAUUGAACAAUGUGCUUGUUGAUGGAAUAGGAGGCUGCGUUGCAAGGCUGCGAUUGAGAGACCAGCAAGGCUGACGAGGCUGAGACUUGGCAUUAACUUACGCGGACCCCUCCUCCGUUGG